UUUUGAAGCAUGUGAUGUGGGGAAGAUAUUUUAUGGUUCAACCCCCCCAAAUCUUCUACUGCUCUAUUUUCUCUAAAGAAUGGAAACCUCAGCCAUUCUUGCAAUUUCUCAGCUCUCGUUUUACCCGUCGAAAUCCAGUCAAGCUUACUCUUCUUGGUUAUGGAAGAAUCCAAGAAGAGCUCGGUCAACCCGAUUAAGCUGUCAAAAGAUGUAUGUUCCUGGAUUUGGAGAAGCAUCGCCGGAGGCUAAGGCUGCACAAAAUCUGCAUAAUUUCUUCACUUAUGUUGCUGUUAGGAUUGUCACUUCUCAGCUUCAGAGCUAUAACCCCGAGGCACACAAAGAAUUGAUGGAAUUUAUGGCUACGCAUUCCUUAAACGAUGGAGACGAGUUCUGUGCCAAUUUGAUGCGGGAAUCUUCAAAUCAUAAGAAUUUAGCUCUGCGCAUUUUAGAGGUACGAGCUGCUUACUGCAAAAAUGAUUUUGAAUGGGACAAUUUGGAGCGAUUAUCAAAGAAGGUGAAUGGUUGGUGAUUCUAACACUAGGGUGAUGAGAGAUUAUGUUUUGGAAACAAGUCAUGCGGAUACAGAAACUGAGAACUGAUCACACCCAACCCUCUUCUGUUCCUCAGUUUAUCUAUGUGUACUGUUCUCCUACACAAUUGAAAUUGUAAUAUAAAUGUUUCUUGAAUUUUAUAUAUGAAUUACAUAAACAGCAAUCAGCAUAAAUCUGCUUUCUGUAGCCA